AUGGAGUUCCCCCACGAAGGAGCAUCGAUCUACUAUCGACAUCAAGCUGCUUUCGCCCGUGAUCUCAACGGCAAACUGCUGUAUUGCAUCGGACCGCAAGAAAGCAAAGUCCGGGAGAACUGGCACCUGAUUAACAUCCCCCUUGUAGCCCGGAACCACGCGGCCACCAAACUGGGAAGGAUCGAUUGCGUUCAACUCGGCGAUGAAUUGCAGGGCCUCACGUUGUACGAGGUCCGCCACUUCUCCAACGGGCUCGUCACCGGCAUGAUCCUUGAUGAAGCACUGGGAAGUUGCCCUCUCGAGAGGGACUUCGAGGCCUUUUUCUGCCACCUGAUCCUUCACCAGGCCAGCUUCGGUAUUACCAUUUCACAGCUGAAGGUGAAUCAUGCUUGGGCCCAUGAAAAGGCGGUAGAAAAGAUUGUCUCUCUCUUCGAUACCUACCUUCGGUAUCAGGGGGAAAAUGACAAGUGGGCUGAAUCGGGACGUGCCUAUUUCACUGAUCGUGUCACCCACUUCACGUCUCAGGCGCGACAGAUUGAGCUCUGUUUGCCUGCCUUUCCUUGCAAAUCGUCCAACUUCGAUAAGGUUGCGGGAAAGGAUCCGGAUCGUGGCGAGCAACUCGCCCUGGAACGCUUACACAACUUCGUGGCUGCCAUUGAGAAGAUAUAUCAGCCCGGCGCAAAACUCUGGAUCAUCAGCGAUGGACAUGUCUUUAGCGAUUGCAUUGGUGUCAAUGAUCACGACGUGGAUGUAUAUGGGCGAAAGCUGAUUGAGAUGAAUCGCGCUAUCGGCAUCCGACUGGGGAACCCAGAUCGAGUAGGCUUCAAGUCGCUGGUUGACCUCUUCGAGCUGGAAAAGUACCGAAGCCAGGCGGAUCUCUGUCAAAUCCCCGGUCGAUUUAAAAUUCCCGUUAUCGAUCACCACGUCCAGACACUGGUGACGCUGGAAGCCGAGAUCUCUAGACGUAUCCUCAUGGCAGGAUGUCCAUCCCAAAGAGUCCCAUUGCGAGAGCGUAUCGAGUCGCAGGACCCGGCUAUCCUGGCGUUGUACCGCGGCUUUUCGCGGUUCAUGCUGGAGGAUCUAGAACACCACCCCUUCACGCGAAAUAUGACCCGCUCAAAGCAGAAGAAGCUCUCCUCGAAGGUUGCUUUCGAGAUGAUCAUGAGAAACCAGGCAUAUUCCAACCUCGUCGAGCUACUCUUUCCCAAUCACAUCCGAUUAUCGAUCCACGCCCACAACAACGCCGGCCCCAAAUUUGGCAUCCAGCUCUUCGACCCCACCAGCGUCCGCACCGUCGAAUCGCUCUCGCCCAACGGCCGCCUCAUGACCUCGCGCGACCUGCUGCACAUCCCCACGCCGUGGCACAACUGCGUGGUCAGCGUGGCCGGCAGUAAAGUCCUGUACGUAACCAAGGCGAAAGUGGUGCGCGAGGCCCUCGCGGAGGGCAGCCUGCUGGGCGGUCUUAUCGGUGAGGUGGAUGCGGGUGGUGUGCAGGACACCAGCCGCGUCGACAACCACGGCGCGGUGUACUUCUCGGUAUGCCACGCCCUAGACCUCGAUGAUGCAGAGGCGGAUGGGAGGAAGAUAUGUGAAGACGAGGAGAAGCAGCAGCUGAAGGCUGAAAUGCAGAAGGUGGUCGUGUACAAAGAGGGUAUCGCCGGCAUGCUGACUGGAAAAUAUCUACUUUUAAGGCUUAAAAUCUCCCCGAUUGUCAACUUGGCUACUGGGACCGCUGCCCUUGCCUGUGACGCCGAUUAUGUUUUUGUAUGA